ACAGGAGAGGCGCUGGCUGUUUUAUCUCGCGCACCGUUUAUCGUUGUCUUCUACAAAACAAACCCGAGCGAGAUUUAUCCGCCCGCGCACAGGAUAUUUGGAGGCGAGCUCGAUCGUGCACGGGACAGUUUGCGGCGCGUCGUGCAACCGUACGGUUCGGAUGAUCAAUCGAGUUCGAUCGACAAUCAGCAACGCACCGGGGAAGCCUCCGCAGCUGCGUUCCAGGAAGCUAUCGAUCUAGAGCGUGACCUCUUAACGCGUCCAUUGUCCGGUGCGCGUGUGUGUGAUUGUGGUGGUUUGGUUUCCUCAACCGUUGUGGUUCAAAAUGUAGCACCAUGAAGCUCCAGCAGUGCAUCAUUGAUUUCGCUAUCUUCCUGAUAACGAUCCCUUCGCUCGUCGUCGUGGCACUGCUACUGGAUCACAUCCUGAACCAUACCGGAUGGGCGGACCAGCUGGAGACGCAGAUCAUUAUGGCCGCCCUGUCGGUCGCCUUCUUUCUGAUCUGCAUCAUGAUAUCGGUCUACCUAACGCACCGGGUUGGCAACUGCCUCUGGGCCGGACCGCAGAGCGAUCAGCAGUCGAUCUACACGAUCGAACGGGGCACUCUGGGCGGCCGGGAGGACAUGCCGCCCCCGACGUACGACACGAUCAUGAGCGAAUGCGAACCGCCGUCCUACGAGAAGAUCAGCAAGCUAUUUCCUCCCCAGGAGCCGCCGCCUUCGUACGCCGCGACAAUUGCGGCGCACGAUCCUGCGGCGCAUAUCUGAUCUACGUGCCAUAAGUCUGGCCUCGCCAGCGAUUGUUGAUCGAGACUUGUUUUUCUCCCCGUUAUCGCGCGGUGGUUUCUUUGUUUUCGGGAUGCAAAGCGAAAUAAACGUACACCGGUACUGCAAAUAACUUAA